GCAUGAAAUUGAAUCGGCCUUAUCGCGCCUCGCAAGUCGCAAACCGCGCGCGUGAGAGUAAGUGAAGUAAAGCUUGCGAUAACACAUUUACACUGAAAAAUGGAAGCUAAGCCAAAAUUGAGCGAUGAGCCGACAUGGAAAAAGCUCCAGGAGCACUUCAACGCGGAAGGGUCGAAAAUCAACAUCACCAGGCUUUUUCAGGAAGAUCCCGGACGCUUCAACAAGCUAAGCCUGAAGCUUGACACACCACAAGAUGGACCCAUUCUCCUUGAUUACUCUAAAAACAGAAUCACAGAUGAUGCUUUUGGUCUGCUUUUCCAAUUGGCAAGAGACCGUAAAGUAGAACAGGCCAGGGAUGCUAUGUUUACUGGACAAAAGAUCAACUUUACUGAAGGCAGGGCUGUACUCCACACUGCACUGCGCAACAGAGCCAACACUCCCAUUUUAGUUGAUGGCAAGGAUGUGAUGCCUGAUGUAAAUGCUGUUUUGGCUCACAUGAAGGAAUUCACCAAUCAGGUUAUUUCUAAAGAAUGGAAAGGAUUCACUGGAAAACCAAUUGAAGAUGUUAUCAACAUUGGUAUUGGUGGUUCUGAUUUGGGUCCACUUAUGGUGACAGAAGCCUUGAAGCCAUUUCACGUUGGUCCCAGAGUUCACUUUGUCAGCAACAUUGAUGGAACUCAUAUAGCUGAAACAUUGAAAAAACUUAACCCAGAAACAGCUUUGUUUAUUAUUGCAUCUAAAACCUUCACAACGCAAGAAACAAUUACGAAUGCCAUCUCUGCUAAAAAAUGGCUACUUGAGCAUUUGAAGGAUGACUCUGCUGUAGCACGUCACUUUAUAGCUUUAUCAACUAACAAUCAGAAAGUUAAGGAAUUUGGUAUUGAUGAAAAGAAUAUGUUUGGUUUUUGGGACUGGGUUGGAGGAAGAUAUUCUCUGUGGUCUGCUAUUGGUUUAUCUAUAUCUCUCGCCGUUGGGUUUGAUAAUUUUGAAAAACUCCUUGAAGGUGCAUUUUAUACAGAUCAACAUUUCCGCACAGCGCCAUUGGAAGCAAACGCCCCAGUGAUUCUUGCUUUGUUGGGAAUUUGGUAUCAUAACUUCUAUGGUGCUGAAACUCAUGCUUUGUUACCUUAUGACCAAUAUCUUCAUAGAUUUGCUGCCUACUUCCAACAAGGUGACAUGGAAAGUAAUGGAAAGUAUGUUACAAGAUCUGGUGAUAUUGUUAACUAUUCAACUGGUCCAAUUGUUUGGGGAGAGCCUGGAACAAAUGGACAACACGCAUUUUAUCAACUUAUCCAUCAGGGAACGAGACUUAUACCAGCAGAUUUCAUUGCCCCUGUACAGUCUCACAAUAAGGUUCAAGGAGAUUUGCAUCACAAAAUUUUGCUUUCAAACUUCUUAGCUCAAACUGAAGCUUUAAUGAAGGGUAAGAGCCGUGGUCAAGCUCAAGAAGAACUUGAAAAAUCUGGUUUGAGUGAAAAUCAAAUCAAAGCAAUACUUCCACACAAAAUUUUUGAAGGAAACAGACCAACUAACAGCAUUGUAGUAAAAAAACUAACUCCAUUCACUCUUGGAGCACUAAUUGCUAUCUAUGAACACAAAAUCUUUGUUCAAGGUAUCAUCUGGGACAUUAACUCGUUUGAUCAAUGGGGUGUUGAGCUGGGUAAACAGUUAGCUAAAGCAAUUGAACCAGAGUUGAAUACUCCUGAUAAGAUUUACAGUCAUGAUCCAUCUACAAAUGGAUUAAUUGCAUUCAUUAAGGCUCAGAGUACUUAGGUGCGUUUCUUGAGAUAAAGUUGGAAAAAUGCAUAGAUCUGUGAGAUUUUUCUGCCGUUGGGAAGUUAUAUUUUUAGUAUAAAUAUGAAAGAGAUGUGCUUAUUACUUUAUGGUCUAUACACACAGUCUUGUACAAGGCUAUAGGCUUGCAUGUGUACUUUGCUGUUUGUGUUAUUCCCUUGUAAUCAAGAAACAAUUUCAGUGUUGAAUUCUUAUACUUGCACUUGAUUAUUAAUUCAUAACUAGGCAAUGUAUGUAUAACUUGUAGUUCGUGUAGACCACGAACCAAAAAAAUUGCUUGUCUGGUUAUGUAUCUUAUUAUCUCUUUUAAAAUCAAGAGAAACUUCGUCAUUGUAUGAGUUAUUAAAUAUUACGUAGAACUCAUUCAUGAUUUUAAUCAUGCAAUUCGUCACUAUUGUAGUAAAAUGAAGUAUAUAGCUCUGUGCUUUCUAUGAUCAAUAGUGCUGUUAUUACACUGGUGUCUAUUUUCUAUGUUUGAUAAAAAAGUAAACUCAGACGUUUAUUAAUUAUUUUAAUACGCGCCCUUUACAUGUUAAAUUAUAUUUUUGUUUUUAACUUAAGAAUGAGAGAAAAAGAAUAGACUAUGUAUUUACGUAUUAAAUAUCCACAAUAGGAGUUCAAGGGAAAAAAGUGAAAUGUUCAAUGACUAUCGUUAUUAACGUUAAUAAAUCAUUAAAAAACUAGUCAAAAUUCUGAA